ACGCUUGCGUGCUUUAUAUAAGCAAAGACGUGUUCGUUCUCCGAUAAGAAGAUUCAUCAUCAUAUUGAUUGGUUGACAAAAAACAAACAAAAGGAACAGAUAAGAAAAGAAAAGAUUCGUUAUUUAAUAGUCCCCCGCCGAUUAAAAGAUUCGUAUCCACGUCACCAUACGCCUCUCCAACGAUGACACCUGUCGCCGUCGCCGUUCUCGUCCUCUCCUUGAUCGCCGUCUCCGCCGCAAGACAAAACCCCGACGACGACGUCAUCAAACUCCCCUCGCAAGCUUCCAGGUUCUUCCGCCCCAACAACGACGACGAAUCUUCAUCGUCCGGCACCAGGUGGGCCGUUCUGGUCGCCGGAUCGAGCGGUUAUUGGAACUACAGACAUCAGGCUGAUGUUUGUCAUGCUUAUCAACUACUGAGGAAAGGAGGAUUGAAAGAGGAGAAUAUUGUGGUUUUCAUGUAUGAUGAUAUUGCUGAUAAUGAAGAGAAUCCGAGGAAAGGGAUCAUUAUCAAUAGCCCUCAUGGGAGUGAUGUCUAUGAAGGAGUUCCCAAGGAUUACACUGGAGAUGAUGUUACUGUUGAUAAUCUGUUUGCUGUGAUCCUUGGAGAUAAAACUGCUGUUAAGGGAGGGAGUGGGAAGGUUGUGGAUAGUGGUCCUAAUGAUCAUAUUUUUAUAUUCUAUAGUGACCAUGGUGGUCCUGGAGUUCUUGGGAUGCCGACUUCUCCUUACUUAUAUGCUGAUGAUUUGAAUGAUGUCUUGAAGAAAAAACAUGCUUCCGGAACCUACAAAAGCAUGGUGUUCUAUCUUGAAGCUUGUGAGUCUGGAAGUAUCUUUGAAGGGCUUCUUGAAGAGGGUUUAAACAUCUACGCCACAACUGCAUCAAACGCAGUGGAAAGCAGUUGGGGUACCUAUUGCCCUGGGGAGGAGCCUAGCCCUCCACCAGAGUAUGAAACUUGCUUAGGUGACUUAUACAGUGUUGCAUGGAUGGAAGACAGCGGUGUGCACAAUCUACAAACUGAGACUCUACGCCAACAAUAUGAGCUAGUGAAGAGGAGGACUGCUGGUGGUGCGUCGGCUUACGGUUCUCAUGUGAUGCAAUAUGGAGAUGUAGGACUUAACAAGGAUAAGCUCGACCUUUACAUGGGAACAAACCCUGCCAAUGACAACUUCACUUUUGUGGAUGCUAAUUCACUGACUCCACCUUCAGGAGUUACUAACCAGCGUGAUGCAGAUCUUGUCCAUUUCUGGGAUAAGUACCGAAAGGCACCAGAAGGUUCCACAAGGAAAACAGAAGCUCAGAAGCAAGUCCUUGAAGCCAUGUCUCACAGACUUCAUGUUGACAACAGUGUGAAACUCGUCGGCAAACUCUUGUUUGGUAUCUCAGAAGGUUCUGAAGUGCUAAACAAAGUAAGGCCUGCUGGACAACCUCUGGCCGAUGACUGGACUUGCCUUAAAAACACGGUGAGAGCUUUUGAGAGACACUGUGGGUCGCUGUCACAGUACGGUAUCAAGCACAUGAGGUCAUUUGCAAACAUCUGCAACGCAGGGAUCCAAAUGGAGCAAAUGGAAGAGGCAGCUUCACAGGCUUGCACCUCAAUCCCAUCUGGUCCUUGGAGCUCUCUUCACCGUGGAUUCAGUGCUUAAAACCCCUAAAUCCCUCUUUGCAUUUGUUUAAUACUAGUACCAAUACCCAAAUAUUCCUAUUUCGAUUCCCCUGUAUAUCUCAUUAUCAUUUCCCUCUUGAUUAUCUAUUUGCUUUGUACAAAUGCUUGUAGAAACUCAAGUUAAUGUAAACAAAGGUUUGCUUAUUUAUAUA